UUGGUGACGCAGGACGUGCCGUCAGUAUGAGUCCGAACCGGCUGGGCCCCCAGGGCGAACUGGUGACGUGUGACCUGGCCUACGCGGACGUGAAGCGCGAGAGUGGCUACCGGGCGGUGACGAGCGCCAUGGCGUUCCCCCCGUUCGGCACGUCGGCGCACGGCAACGGCGCGGCGGCGGGCAUGUUGCCGGGCUACGCCGUGUCCCGGCCCAGCUACCCGGUCAUGAUGUCCGAGGCCUUCCCGCCAGGCGUCCCGUACGGCGCGGGUGAGUGGAUGACCCUGACUGCCGGGCCCGGUAACGGCCGCAAGCAGCGGCGCGAGCGCACCACGUUCACGCGCCAGCAGCUGGACAUCCUGGAGGCGCUGUUCCAGAAGACGCGCUACCCGGACAUCUUCAUGCGCGAGGAGGUGGCCAUCAAGAUCAACCUGCCCGAGUCACGUGUCCAGGUCUGGUUCAAGAACCGACGCGCCAAGAUCCGCCAGCAAGCCAAGCAGACCAACACCAACGGCGGCGCGCCGCCCGAGGCUAAGCCCAAGCCCAAGCCGCGCACGCGCACGCCGCCGACGACGGCGGCGGCAGCAGCGGCGCACGCGGCGGCGGUGACGCCGACGGCGGCGGCCGGCACGCCGUCGCCGCCGGCGGCCGGGCCGCGUGACUCGCCGUACACGCCGCCCGUCACGUGCUCCACGGCCCCGGCCAUCAGCACACCGUCCACGACGCCGCACCAGAGUUACGGUGGGGUGUACAAUACGAUCUGGAACCCGGCCGCGUCGCUGGCGCCGAUGGGCGACCUGGUGUCGGGUCAGGCGGUGAUGGACCGCUCGUACCAGCCGAACCAGGCGGCCGGCUACUCCCAGUACGGCGGCUACUACGGCAACAUGGAGUACCACCUCAACUCGCACGGCCAGAUCAACCCGCAGGUGAGCAGUCAUAUCAACGCCAUGAGCCAAUCGCAGCAAAACAGCGUGCCGGCCGGGCGGCACGGCAUUAGCGCCGACUUCGACUACCGCUACCAGAACUUUCAAGUGUUGUAGACCGGACGGGUCCACUGCGGCGCAGUCCGGGCGAGUCCACUGCGCUGCGGUCGGGACGAGUCCACUGUGCUGCAGGCGGGACGAGUCCACUCGACGCCCGGGGGAGGCGCGUCGCCGGCGGGACGCUGACCAGGCCUGACCCGGACGAGCGGAAGCCUGCGGGGUCGUGGGGCGCCCGCGCCCGGCGUUGGGCCCUCGCGGCCGCAACGAAGGCCCGGCCGGGCCGCGGCCGGCGCGGCCGCGCCCCGACCCGAACUCGACGUUGUGUUUCUGUGUGCGAUCUAGCCGCGCGCGCUCGCCGCCCGUGCGUCGCGCCGGCGGCAUAUUAUAAGCGUUUCCUGUGAUAGAGCCGGGCCAGCUUAGCUAGACUGUGCUUAGACCAUCGUAGCGCGCAGCAGCCUGCCACCAAAGACGUGUGUGCGGCGCCGUUCGGCAUGGCCUCCGAGCGGGCGACGGCGGCGCGGCGCCGGAAGGUUUGUCUAGCUGCCCCUUGGCUAUCCGUGUGUUCACAGACCGCUCUUCACCGAGUUUUGCACGCUGCGUAGCCGACGGGGCGUUCUUGAUGUGGCUGCCGCUUUCUCGCCGAGGAGGGCGCCGAGGCGUCGUCCCGGCGUCUCCUAGGGGAUCCCUCGCGUGCCAUCCGUGCUGGGCGUCACUGCCGCCCUCCCAAUGGGCGCACUGACCUGUAAAUAAGUGUGCGUUUGUGUGUGCGUGUGUUUGUGAGUGGUGACUUGUUGGCAGACGCCGAGGGUAAGGAACUGUUGAAUAAGUACAAUUUGCAGGCAGCUGUGCUGGUGGUACCUAUGUGGAACACGAAUCAAAAGCGA